GAGGGGCUGGUGGUGACUGGCGUGGCGUCACGUCCGUACUAGAGAGAUACGCAGAAGAGUGUACGCGCAGUGAGUGCGAGCGGAGAGGAUGGAGGCCGCAGAGCAGCAGCGGAGCUCGAGUGACGGCGCGCCCGCCAGAGGAGCGGGAGUCCCGGGUAGCGGAGGCGGAGCAGGUUCGGGCGGAGGCGCGGAAGGCGAGCGGGACAGAGCCACUUUCGAGUGCAACAUCUGCCUGGACACCGCCCGAGACGCGGUCAUCAGUCUCUGCGGACAUCUGUUCUGUUGGCCAUGUCUUCAUCAGUGGCUGGAGACGCGUCCCAGCAGACAACAGUGUCCCGUGUGUAAAGCAGGAAUUAGUCGAGAUAAAGUCAUUCCUCUGUACGGCCGCGGCAGCACCAGCCAGGAAGAUCCCAGAUUGAAAACGCCACCACGACCUCAGGGUCAAAGGACAGAACCAGAAAGCAGAGGAUUUCAGGGUUUUGGCGACACAGGGUUUCACAUGUCUUUUGGAAUCGGCGCUUUUCCGUUUGGCUUUUUCACCACAGUCUUUAACACCAACGACCCUUUUCAAAGACGAGAUCCUCAUUAUGGAGGUGAUCAUCAAGCCGACGGCAACGCCAACAACGGCAACAACUGGCAGGACUCGCUCUUCCUCUUCCUGGCCAUCAUCUUCUUCUUCUGGAUGCUGAGCGUGUGACGCCGCCUCGCUUCGGCCCAUCUACAAUUGAGCGAAAGUAACAUGUGCUUUCAGAAGAUCAGCUGUCUGUGUCUCGUAUACACACAAACACACACACACACACACACACACACACACACAUCAGUGUUGAGAGACAGUAUUAAUGAAGUUUAAACACUACAGGAGCUGAUGAAGCAGCUCGCAAAACGCAGCGUAUUUCACCUCAAAAUCAUUGUGCAUAAAGAUCGUUUUUGAACCUGAAACUAUUUUCGGUGACCUGCAUUCUGAAAUUAUUUUUGUGAUGAUUAAACACAUUUAAUGUCAAUUUCUCAUUACUUUAAUGAAGUGUCUUAAUUAAGUAAAUUUCUAGAAAAGAAUGUCACAAUGCAAUGAAUGCAUACAAUUUUAAUAAUUAUAAAAAAUAACUAUAAAAUUAAUAAAUGCAAUGUUCAUAUUUAGAAACUGAAAAUUCUGUAGAACUUCUUUUUUGAAAUUGUUUUCAUGACUAUUAAGCUCAUUUAUUUUCCUAAAUUCUCAUUUCUGUAAUAUGUUAAUCACUGUAAUUAUAUAUAUCAAUAUUUUUGGUAUUACAAUAAUAAUAAUAAUUGGGAGAAGGAAAUAUUUAAGUAUUUAAGUCAUUGAAAUAAUAGCACAAUGCAUAAAGUUAUUAAAAAUUUGUUUUCUUUCUUGUGAUUUUUGAGGUGAAAUAUAACCCAAAUACAUUUGCCACAGGUUUCAUGAGAUUCACUGCAUUUUAUUUUUUCACAACUUUCUGUAGCUUUUCAUUUCCAUGCCAAAGAAUUUCUGAAAUGAGGAGACGUGUGAUUCAUGUAGGAUUUAUUUCAGUAUUCGUGGAAGCGUUUUAAGAUCAUGUGGAUGGAUGUUCACUGCACACCUUGAAGGACGUCUGACUUAUUGAGAUUAUUAAACUAAAACUGAAGUUAGAUGAACUAAAACACAAGUCAGUAUCGUACCUAUGUAAUAAAAUGGUAAAUCUCAUGAAGCCUUUGAGAAAAAUGUCCAGGUCAUAUUUCAUUUCAAAAUCAAAAGAAAAAAUCUUAUAUUGUGCCGAACAACAAAAUAAUUAAGCUUAAGGACCUUUGCGGUUUUUUUUUUUUUUUUAAAUUGCAGAUGCAAAACUUCACAUUGUGAACUACUAUGACAAAUGUCAGAGAUUUUAGAAAUAUUACAGAAAUAGGAAUUUAAGAGUUAAAUGUUCAUUGUCCUAAAAAAACAAUGGCAAAAAAAAAGUUCCUAUAUAUACAAUACCAGUCAAAAGUUUUUGAACAGUAAGUUUUAAUGUUUUUUUUAAAGAAGUCUCUUCCGCUCACCAAGCCUGCAUUUAUUUGACACAAAGUGCAGCAAAAACAAUAACAUUUGAAAUAGCUUUACUCUUUAGAAUAACUGUUUUCUAUUUGAAUAUAUUUUAAAAUGUAAUUUAUUCCUGUGAUUUCAAAGCUGAUUUUUUUAGCAUCAUGACUCCAGUCACAUGAUCCUUUGGAAAUAAUUUCAAUAUUCUGAUUUGCUGCUCAAAAAAAAUUAUUAUUAUGAUGUUGAAAACAGCAGAGUAGAUUUUUUUAAGGUAGCUUUGAUGAAUAGAACAGUGUUUAUCUGAAACAGAAGUCUUCUGUAACUUUAUAUAUUUUGAAGUGGAUCAAAACCUUUCAUCAAAGUUGUCCUAAAUCCAAAACAAUACCCUCUUCUUGUCUUAGGACAACUUUGAUGAAUUUUUUAACCACUUCAAACAUUGACUACUGUAUAUAUAAAAUUUAUUUGGAUCAAAUAAAUGUAGGCUUGGUGAGCAGAAGAGACGUCUUUUUAAAAAACAAAAAACAAAAAAAAAACAUUAAACUUUUGACUACUGGUGUAGAUAUCAGUGAAAUAUGAGCUGAUUAUGCUUUUGUGAGAUCAACCCUUUAUUUUUAAUGUGUUUUCUAUGAGAUUUAAUUUAAAGACACAUCCCAAAGACAUGUUAGUUAUAAGCUAAUGGUGAUCAGACGUUGACGUGAGUUCUGGUUUAGACGUUCAGACCAGGAUGAGCUUCAGUCAGGUCUGUUCAGGAAGUGUUUCCACAACAGUUUUAUCUGCUGUGUGUUUGUUGUGUAAAGCAGACACACACACACCAUACGUCACAACUGUUAUUAAUCACCUGAUUUUGAGUUCAAACACAUCUAAUUAAUGAGUGACGAUAGUGGUGGAAAAAUUCAUUAUACAUUUACUAAACAUCAUAUUGUUAUGUCCUGAAAUAGUAGAUAAAUUAAUUUAAUUUUCAUACACCCUUCAAAGUUUCACAGGAGCGAGUGUUGGGAGUGUGAGCUGCUGGUGUGUAUGUGGGUGUGUACAUAUGUGUGUGUAUAUAUGGAUAUUGUACAUGAUGUUUUUAAGCGUCUCUCUGUCAUUGGCUGUGAUGUUUGAUUGACAGCCAAGAGGUGAUGGUUUGUAAUCCCGUCGGUUUUAACUGUUUGUCAGUGUAAACAACAUCCUGUGAACAAGAACAUUUCUGUUGAUUUCCUCUCUUUGCGAAGUGAUUGGAUGGUUUGGACCUAUGACCACGCCCACCCAUAAUAAUGUCACAGUGUGGGUCAGGUUGAUUGACAGCUGCUGGGUAUAAAGUGGGCGGGGUUUAUGCUCAGAAUCCAUUGAUUCUGGAUGAUUUGGAGUGACUUUGGUUAAAAUUGCUCUUGUUUGUCUUUUUCCUUUUGCAUAUCGCUGGUUAAUUAUGUUUGUAACAAGUCUUUUUUGUCAUAAGUCUUUUGGUAGCUAAAUUGCAUAUAAUUAUUGUGCAUAUGGGGCAGAAACUACAGUGGGUGUGGCCUGUUCUUUGGCAUUUGAGAAAUAAACAUUUAAUACUAUCGGUGA